GAAAAAUAUUCCGGUACAAAUGUUAAAACGGAAAAUAAUAAUGAUACAUCUUCAUUAACUUCAAAUCCAUUUUCUUAUGAAUUAAGUCCAUUUGGAGGAUAUCCUGCUUCUUCAUUUCCAUUACAUAUUGAAGAUAAAGAACCAGAUGAUUAUUUACAUAAUCCUGAUCCGUUAGCAGAUGCAGAUUAUGAUAAAAAUCGAUUCAUUUAUGAUAUAAAACAUAUUGAUAGAAGAUCAUUUGGUGGUGUAUUUGGGUUAGUCGCAUUAGUCAUUGGAUGUCUUUGUUUAUUUGUUUUAUUACCCGUUCUUACCUUUUCCGGUAUAACAGUUCAUUAUGUUCCUCAAACUUAUGAAAUCUUAACUCAAUAUCAUUAUCCAUUAUUAUCAUCGAUUAGAACCAGUUUAAUUGAUCCUGAUACUCCUCAAUCAGCUUUAACUAUCCCAGUUAGAGAUGGAUCAACUUGGAAUUUAGUCUUUAGUGAUGAAUUUAAUGUUGAAGGAAGAACCUUUUAUGCAGGUGAUGAUCAAUUCUUUACUGCUCCUGAUUUGAAUUAUGCUGCUACUAAAGAUUUAGAAUGGUAUGAUCCUGAUGCAGUUACAACUGCUAAUGGUACCUUAAAUUUAAGAUUUGAUGCUUAUCAAAAUCAUGAUUUAUUUUAUAGAUCAGGUAUGGUUCAAACUUGGAAUCAAUUUUGUUUUACUCAAGGUAGAAUUGAUUUUUCAGCUCGUUUACCUAAUUAUGGUAAUAUUUCAGGUUUAUGGCCUGGAUUAUGGACUAUGGGUAAUCUUGGUAGACCGGGAUAUUUAGCUACUACUGAUGGAGUUUGGCCUUAUUCUUAUGAAGCUUGUGAUCCUGGUAUUACUGCUAAUCAAUCAUCUCCUGAUGGAAUUUCUUAUUUACCAGGUCAAAGAUUAAAUAGUUGUACAUGUCCAGGACAAUCCCAUCCAAAUCCGGGUGUGGGUAGAGGUGCUCCUGAAAUUGAUGCUAUUGAAGCUGAGAUUUCAACUGAUCCUGCUGGUAUAAAACCAAAUUUAGGUGUAGCAUCUCAAUCAGUUCAAUUGGCUCCCAUGGAUAUUUGGUAUAUACCUGAUUAUGAUUUUGUUGAAAUUUAUAAUAGUUCAGUUACAACCAUGAAUACUUAUGCCGGUGGACCAUUCCAACAAGCUUUAUCAGGAACCACUACUUUAAAUACAACAUGGUAUGAAAGAGGUGAUGGUGAACAUAAUUUCCAAAAUUAUGGAUUUGAAUAUCUUAAUGAUGAUGAUACCGGCUAUAUAACUUGGUAUGUGGGUACUGAUCCUACAUUCACGAUUUAUUCUACUUCAUUACAUCCUCAAGGUAAUGUUGAUUGGAGAAGAAUAUCGAAAGAACCGAUGUCAAUCAUUGUUAAUUUCGGAAUGUCAAAUAGUUGGGCAUAUAUUGAUUGGCCAUCACUUGUAUUCCCUGCUACUUUCAGUAUUGAUUAUGUGAGAGUUUAUCAACCUGCUAAUGCUACUAAUGUUGGAUGUGAUCCAAUUGAUUAUCCCACCUAUGAUUAUAUUCAACAACAUUUGAAUAUUUAUUAUGAUAAUAAUAUAACAUCAUUUACGGAUGGUGGAUAUACUUUCCCCAAGAAUACUCUACUUGGAUGUUCAUAA